UAGUCUGACAGAACUCAGUAGAUCCCUCCGGCCGAGGGCUUGUCUGCUUAAACAUGCAAUUUCUUCUGAUGCAUUAAGCAGCACAGUGCAUGGCAAACCAGGAUAUCGGCCUCUCUGUUGUAUAUGUUAUAUAAAGCUUCAAAUAAUCCCAUCAAGGGAUUUGCAUAUUCCCACUGAGUUAGCUAUGUUAUGUUGCAACUUUCACAAUUCAGGAUGUGAGUGCUUCAGCAUUAACAUCGGGACCACUCCAGAGUCCCUGACAUCUUUAUUUUUUUAAUGAAAUGUCUUUUCAUAUAACAUGUUUUGGGAGUUGAAGAAUGGAAUCCUUGGGAAGCUGAUGAGAAAAUUUAUUUGCAGCAGAAAUCUGCAAGUAGCUUUCAGAUGCUGAAAAAAAUGUCAUUGCAACAAGAAUCCACAGACUUCAGGGUACAAAUUUGGGGGAAAGCUGCUAUUGGCCUUUAUUUAUGGCAGCAUAUCUUCGAAGGUUUGCUUGAGCCUACAGAUAUAAAAGCUCAGUGGAGAGAAGGAAGCAUAAAAAUAGGAAAAUCAUAUUUCAGUUUCAUCACAGGCCCAUCUCUAGUUCCUGGCUACUUCUCUGUGGAAGCUGAAACUAUUGUCUUAAUACUGAAUGGCAGAGAAGAGGGAAAGAUCUCCUACGCCACUCAGUGGUUACAUUAUGCACGGACACUAAUGCAAGCACACAGGCUGCAGCAUGUUGCUGUUGUGUUGCUUGGGAAUGAACAGUGCAAGAAUGAAUGGAUUUAUCCUUAUUUAAAAUCCUAUGGAGGGUUUGUAGAACUAUUUUUUCUAAUUUAUGACAGCCCCAUAAUAAAUGAAGAAGAUAUUUUUCAGUGGCCUCUGGGAGUAGCAACUUAUAGACAUUUUCCUGUGGUUGAACCAAGUUGGUCAAUGCUCCAAAGACCAAGACCAUAUCAGUGUAACUUCUUGGGAACUGUUUAUAAGAAUUCAUCUAGAGAAAUUGUGUUGGAGAUAUUGAUGCAAAGUGGGCUUCACAAGCUUUGUUGGAUUUCAGCUAGAGAACAGUGGACUCCUCAAGAAACUAAUGAGAGUUUGCAGAUCUAUCAAAAUGCAUUGUUGGAGAGUGAUCUUACAUUAUGUCCAGUGGGAGUAAAUACCGAAUGCUACAGAAUCUAUGAAGCUUGUUCAUUUGGCUCUGUUCCUGUGGUAGAAGAUGUAAUGACACCAGGCAAUUGUGGAAAUUCAUCUAUGCACCAUAGAGCACCACUGCAAUUACUAAAGGCCACAGGAGCUCCCUUUAUCUUUAUUAAAGACUGGAAAGAGCUUCCUGCUGUUUUAGAAAAAGAGCAAAAUAUGACACUUCAACAAAAGAUUCAAAGAAGGAAAAUACUUAUGGAAUGGUAUCAGCAAUUCAAAGCACAAAUGAGACAAAAAUUUGUUAGCACCUUAGAAAAAGCAUUCUUACCUAAGGAUAAUGAUGAUUGAUUCUAAUUUCAAUAUAAACUGAAAUAUGGUUUCUUGCAGCCUUUCAGUUAAAUAUUUUUUAAAUGAAGAUACUUUUUAUCAUCCAUUGUAAAAAAUAUAUAAAAGCAUCUAGAAAAAAUAAAUGCAAAUCUAUAAU